CCACCCCCCAAUCCAGUGAGCACUGAGCACCCGCCUCCACUGCGGCGGCGCAAUGCGUCUCCUUCCUCUCGUCUUCGUCCUCGCGCUCGCCGCGGCGUCCGCCGCCGCGAGCGCGAGCGGCCCCCGGUCCGUCCUCCGCACGGUCACGGACGUCCCGGCGGCGGUCUCCUCCGGCGACGACGCCGACGCGCUCUUCUGCGACAGCUGGAGGCUGUCCGUCGAGACGGCCAACGCGGGGUCCUGGGUCGCCAUCCCCGCGCGCUGCGCGGCGUUCGUGCGGGACUACAUGGAGGGGCCCCGCUACGCGUCCGACUCCGCCGUCGCCGCCGCCGACUCCCUCGCGUUCGCCUCCGGCGCGCUGGCCGCAGCCGGGGCGGGCGCCGCGAGGCCCGCGUGGGUGUUCGACGUCGACGAGACGCUGCUCUCCAACGCGCCCUACUACGCGGUCAACGGCUGGGGAUCUCAGGAAUUCAAUGAAACGUCCUUUGAUGAAUGGGUAGAUGCAGCAAAGGCACCUGCAUUGCCAUCUAGCCUGAAAUUGUACAACGAGCUUCAGGGACUUGGUUUCCACGUUAUCCUCUUGACUGGCCGGGCUGAAUUCCAGCGUAAUCCGACGGAAGCAAAUCUUUUGUUUGCUAGAUACCAAUCAUGGGAAAAACUAAUACUAAGGCAACCUUCUGAUAUUGGCAAGACUGCUGUGCAGUACAAAUCAGAGAGACGAGCUGCCAUGGAGGCUGAAGGAUUCAAGAUACUCGGAAAUUCAGGGGAUCAAUGGAGUGAUUUGAUUGGAUCUCAAAUGGCAACGAGAUCCUUCAAGCUUCCAAACCCAAUGUACUUCAUCAGUUGAUUUUGUUGGAUGAAUGUUGGAAAUAGCUAUUCCUUUGGCUGGGCAUUCCUACCAUCGGUCCCACUGCUUUCAUUGUAAAGAUUUCAUUAGCCAUCAUUCUGGACAUAAAUUUGGGUUAUCUCCAAGCAUGUUGAAACCGCGCUGGGAUUAAAGGCCAUUGAAUCUGCCCAAUGAUGGUUUGUAACUACACAUCCUUUCCCAUACUGUGGAAAGGAUUCGUGGUUAUGUAAAUUGGAUGGACAUUCAAAUUGCCUUCAUAUGGGAAGUAUCUAUUUUUGAA